UAAAACAUGCCCUUGGGAGCCGGGGCUCUUCAUGAAGGAAGCUGGAAACAAGGAAGGGCGAAGAGAAUAGGAGUCAAGCCGACACUUCGGGUGUGUGUGUGUGUGUGAGAGAACUCCAUCUGUGGGGCCUCAGAGCAGUGGAACCUCCUUCAACAACAGCGAACAGCCCAGCUGGGUGGGAAGGGCAGGAGUUACCAUAGAGACUCCCAGAUACAGCAAGACAUGAGAUGAAUUCUACGAAGCCAGAGUGGAAGGAGUUAAUGGGCUGACCCAUAAAAUCCUUCUCCAGAGAGGCUAGGGUUAAAAGAAAAACAAGGGUUCAUCUGAGGAGAGAGAAUUGGUCUCUUCUCUUCCCUCUUUCCAAAUAUAGAUCUAGAGAGGACGAGAACCGUUUUUGGAGUGUGAGAGAGCAAGAGGGGGACUGGGAAGAGAGUCCCAGCUGGAUGACCGGUAGAUGUGUUGUGGAGAGUUCGUUCCUUACAAUCGAGCUGUCUUGAAAGGGGUAGAGGAGGGAGAUCCAAGGAAGGAAAGGAGAGGGUUAGGGUCUCCGCGCCGUAUUGCCUUCCCUCCGCCUCAAGAACGUAAGGAUGCGCAGCUGACCAAUGCUGGUCGAAGUUCAAUUGAAUCGGAUCUUCUUUCUCCGACCGGCAUAGGAAGGAGAGGACGCCGCAGCCCAGGAAUCCCCGUCUGUUGCCCCCCAGCUUAUCCCGAGAGCCAGCUUGUGGAGGGCAGGGCCAGGGAGACUUGAAAGUAAGCUUGAAAGAAAGGCACACCGAGAGCAACCUGGAUGCCCAGAAGAGGGGGACGGGGCAGCAGAAAGCUUUUCGCCUUGUGGAGUGUGCCAGCUUUCGGGCGAUCUGAAAGGGAGCCAAGUCAAAACCCCAAACCCAUUGACUAGCUCUUAUGGGAAUGAAACACUCGUCCCGUUGUCUGCUCCUAAGGAGAAAAAUGGCGGAGAACGCAGCUGAGGUCGCCGAGGUAAGAGGGCGGCAGUCAUUCCCAAACCCAGGUUUGCACACAUCACUCUGAAGAAGAGCCAAACUUUCCCAGCCCAUUCCACUGGCCUCUUGCUAGUUGGCUCGUGUAGAUCGCUUAUUAGAGCCUAGCCUCGUCACUCCCUCCUGCCGGGGAAAACGAAUCUAAACCGGACCCUUCUCUCUUCGCGUCCCUCGCUGUGAAGCCUCCGCGGUGGCUUCUUCCUAGCUAGCACCAUGGAAACUUCCCAGGUGCUGUGCACUGCCCCUGACAGCAGCUACGAAAGGAUGGUCAAUGGUGUCACAGGUUAGCAGUGGUCCUUCCCAGCCUAAUCUGCCGACAACCAUUUCAAAGCCUAUUCAGUCCAUCAUUCAUGUUCCUUUGCAACCAAGCUGCCCAGGUCGGGGAAAGAUGGCAAAACUCCUGAAUCCAGAAGAGAUGACAUCAAGGGAUUAUUAUUUUGAUUCAUACGCCCACUUUGGAAUUCAUGAGGAGAUGUUGAAGGAUGAGGUGCGGACAUUAACAUAUAGGAACUCCAUGUAUCACAAUAAACAUGUGUUUAAGGAUAAGAUUGUAUUGGAUGUUGGAAGUGGCACAGGGAUCCUCUCAAUGUUUGCAGCAAAGGCAGGAGCCAAGAAAGUAUAUGGGAUUGAAUGUUCCAGUAUAUCUGACUACUCAGAAAAAAUUAUCAAGGCGAAUCACCUGGACCAUAUAAUCACAAUAUUUAAAGGUAAAGUGGAAGAAGUUGAAUUGCCUGUGGACAAAGUAGACAUAAUCAUCAGUGAAUGGAUGGGUUACUCACUUUUCUAUGAGUCUAUGCUUAACACUGUCAUCUUCGCCAGAGACAAGUGGCUGAAUCCUGGAGGACUUAUGUUUCCAGACCGUGCUGCAUUGUAUGUGGUAGCAAUUGAAGACAGGCAGUACAAGGACUUCAAAAUUCACUGGUGGGAGAAUGUAUAUGGCUUUGAUAUGACCUGUAUCAGGGAUGUUGCCAUGAAGGAGCCCUUGGUGGACAUUGUAGACCCAAAGCAAGUGGUGACCAAUGCCUGUUUAAUAAAGGAAGUGGACAUUUAUACAGUGAAAACUGAGGAACUGGCGUUUACCUCUGCAUUUUGCCUCCAGAUUCAGCGCAAUGACUACAUUCAUGCCUUGGUUACUUAUUUUAAUAUAGAAUUUACGAAGUGCCACAAGAAAAUGGGUUUUUCAACAGCACCAGAUGCUCCUUAUACCCACUGGAAGCAAACUGUCUUCUACUUGGAGGACUACUUAAUUGUACGAAGGGGUGAAGAAAUCUAUGGAACUAUAGCCAUGAAACCAAAUGAAAAAAAUGUGCGUGACCUGGAUUUUACAGUAGAUUUGGAUUUCAAAGGGCAGCUGUGUGAAAUUUCUGUAUGUAAUUAUUAUAAAAUGCGCUAACAAGCAACUGUCUUCAAAAGUGAAGAAAAGAGCAGCAAUUCCUGAUCUGCUACAUCUCAACCUGGGAACAAUCACUUCCAGAAAAAACCCUUGAAGGUAUAUGAAAUGGAAAUCUGACUGUCCUUACAGCACAAAGCAUUGGCGAGCUACUGUGAAUGUUAUGCUUGUCUAGGCAAAUUAAAGUGAACAGCCUUCUUUGUAAAACAAACCCGCAACCCACCAUGCAUAUGAACUAUAAAUUUAGGGAUUCUUUCAAGGUUUGCAUGCUGUUUAUAGUCUUCUUACUGAGAAGAUAUUUUACGACAUACUGUUGUGAGUAGAUGGCUGAAUUAUAUUAAAUAUUAAAUUAUAGAAUAUCAUUAUUGCACAGGUUGAAAAUAUGAAUAUUUAUUUUUAAUUAGUUUGUUUCCAUUGAUGUCUAGUUGGGACAACAUUAUAUUACAGUCCUGAACACACAAUGUGCUGAAACCAGACAUGAGCAAAAUCUUUUAAUGAAGCCACAGAAUCUUGUUUGUUCACUGUAGUUUCUGAAAAACGCUUCAACUUGUUAGUCCAAGCUAGGAGGUGAUUUAAAAUAAAUAAGCGGACUACACAGCUACAAGAAUAAUAUUUAUUUUAGGGUUUUUUUCUAUUUCUCUGUUGUAAAAGUGGAUUUUGGUUCCUGAUUCAAUAAUAACAACAGUGAUAACGUUGGAAUUGUCAUUUAUAUUGUGAUAUUUGGAAAUUGCAUGGAAACCUCAAAUUUCACCAUCAGGGUCUUUGAUAUGAUACUUUCAGAACAUUUUAUGAAAUUGUGUAUAUCUUUCUUGCUGUAAACAUGUACUUAAUAAACAAAAGCUCUGUAUUCAUUCA